AUGGGAAUUGACAUAGCUCCGGGACCUGAUGGGAAGCCAGUUGCUUUCUAUCGCCACCACUGGGAAGCGAUUCAUGGGGAUGAGAUAAGUACGGUGAGGAAUUUCUUUAUUCAUGGCGUGAUGCCUAGAUUUCUCAAUAAUACAAAUAUGAUUUUUAUUCCCCAGAAAAAAAAUCCCAUGGUGGUCAAUGAUUUCUGGCCUAUUGCACUAUGCAAUGUGUCGUACAAGAUAAUUUCAAAGAUUUUAGCAUCGCAUCUCAGUGUACUCUUUCUCGACCUGAUCUCCCCAGUUCAAUCUUCUUCUGUCAGUGGUCAGUCUAUGCAUGAUAAUAUGUUGGUGUCUAGGGAGGUUAUCCAUUCUAUUGGUAGGAGGAAAACCAAGGAUGGAUUUAUGGUUAUUAAGCUGGAUAUGGAGAAGGUGUAUGAUCGAAUGGAGUAG